UUCCAUUGAAUGGCACUCUUUCAAUUAAAAUUGUCUUUCUCUCUCUCUCUCUCUUUCUGUGACUUUCUCUCUCCUUUCCUCUCUCUAAUCCCAAAAUCAUAGGCUCAUCGCACCAUUGAAAUUCUGGCCAUUAUUGGGUCGCAAAAGCUAAAACCUUUUUGAGUUCUUAUCAUCUUCGCUGAAUUCGCCAAUCACAAAAUAAAAGGAGGGUAUCCAGGACGAAUCUAUUCGGAAAGUUCAAAUCUUUGUGAAAAAGAUGGGGGAAAUCGAAGAAAUUGGAGCUGAUGUCUGUUCGGAUAUAGAAGUUGAUGAUAUUAGAUGCCCCAAUAUAGCAGAGAAAGAUGUCAGUGAUGAAGAGAUUGAAGCAGAAGAAUUGGAGCGGCGGAUGUGGAAGGAUCGAAUUAAACUCAAAAGGCUGAAGGAAAAACAGAAGCUUGCAGCGCAGCAAGCUGCAGAAAAGCAAAAGCCAAGGCAGUCCAGCGAUCAAGCUCGUAGGAAGAAAAUGUCCAGAGCACAAGAUGGGAUUCUUAAGUAUAUGCUGAAGCUUAUGGAAGUCUGCAAAGCUCGUGGGUUUGUGUAUGGUAUCAUUCCUGAGAAGGGAAAGCCAGUCAGUGGUUCCUCUGAUAACAUUAGAGCUUGGUGGAAGGAGAAGGUAAAGUUUGAUAAGAAUGGCCCUGCAGCCAUAACCAAGUAUGAAGCAGAGUGUCUUGCUAUGAGUGAGGCUGACAAUAGUCGGAAUGGUCAUUCUCAGAGUAUUCUCCAAGACUUGCAAGACGCAACGCUUGGAUCACUCUUAUCAUCUUUGAUGCAGCAUUGUGAUCCUCCUCAGAGGAAGUAUCCAUUGGAAAAGGGUAUACCCCCACCUUGGUGGCCAACUGGGAAUGAAGAUUGGUGGACACAGUUGAAUUUACCUCCUGGUCAGAGUCCUCCUUAUAAGAAGCCUCAUGAUUUGAAGAAGAUGUGGAAAGUGGGAGUCCUUACUGCUGUUAUAAAGCACAUGUCACCAAAUAUUGCAAAGAUUAGGAGGCAUGUUCGCCAGUCAAAAUGCUUGCAGGACAAGAUGACAGCAAAGGAAAGUGCAAUUUGGUUGGGGGUAUUGAGUCGAGAAGAGGCUCUCAUUAGGCAGCCUAGUAGUGAUAAUGGUACAUCUGGAAUAACUGGAAUGCCACCUGGCGUUCCUGCUAGGAAUAAGCAAGGUGCUACUAGUAGUGAUAGCAACUAUGAUGUGGAUGGUACUGACGAUGGCAUUGGUUCUGUUUCUUCUAAAGAAGAUAGGAGAAGUCAGUUUAUGGAUACCGAGCCAUCAGAUAACUCGCGUAGGGGUAGGAAUUCUGUCCAAGAUAAGAGGAAACCUACUCCAAAAAAACCCCGUUUGGAGUCGCAGGAUGUUGACAAACCACCAGCACAAUCUGACAAUGAAAUUUUACAAGUUGAGCCAAGAAGCAACAAGUUCAAUAUGAACCAGACGGAAGCACAGGUUGUUGGUGUUCAGAUUCAUGGAAAUGAACAGUCCAAUGAGACAAAUUCUGCUGCAAGACCACUGGAAAAGGAACUUGAGGUGACCACUGCAAGACCACUGCACCUACUGGCACCUGACUUUGAUGACUACUCUUAUUUACAUACAAACAACUUAAUUCCCUCAGAAAGUGUGUAUAUGAGUGGAAGGUCAAUGCACUAUCCGGAGUUGCAAAACUCUGACAUGCAUCAUGAAACCACUUAUCUUUAUAAUCCCGCAGCAGGAUAUCAACCUGGUCAGGAUGGGCAGCAGCUACAGUCCGGGAACAAUGAACAAGUUAGGCCAGAGAAUGAUGCAGUUUCUAUGCAGGCAGUGCAUAUGAAAGGGGAUGAAAUUAAUGGAGGAGACUUGCCAUUUUUUGGUAAAGAUGCAUUUCAAAAUGAUCUUGAUAGACCUACUAUGGAUCACUCUUUCUUUGGAUCACCACUUAGUGGCAUGUCAUUAGAUUUUGGAGGACUUAGCAGUCCAUUCCAUUUAGAUGAUUUCUUGGGUGAUGAUGAAAUGAUACAGUACUUUGGGGCAUAAAUUAUUGAAACUGCUAGCUCAGCAGAGAUUGAACUACAAAAAUUCCAGCACCUGUUGCUUAUCUGGGUUAUGGUUCCCAGAUUGGCACUAGAAUUUGUGGCGUUUGGGGUUGAAAGAUAUAAAUUAACAUCGUUAACAAGUCCUAAGUACAGAACUACAAGAACUGAAGCAUGAAUUCCGUUAUAUUGAUUACCCAUUUUCAUAUGUUUAGGGGUUGCAUGUGAACUUUUAAAUUGUUGGAAUCACUGAACUGCACAUACUAAUGUUUAGCCAAAUACAUGGAAUAGGGUUGCCUCCAAAUUUAAUAAAUUAUCAUUGUUUCCAUGCUCUCUUCUUUGCUGUGUGUAGGUCAAUGUUAUAUACAAAUUGCAACAGUAUGUAA